ACGGAUGUCAGUCACGUAAAAUCGUUUCGUCCGUCAAGAGGAGAAAAAUCUUCACUUUUGUUUACCGACGAGAAUCGCAGAAUUUUAAUUUCGAUAGUGAAUAAAUUAAAAAUCGCGUGAUUCUAUGAAAAAUGCUAAAAACAACGCUCCCGCAAUGUCGAUCCCGCUCAAGUGCAGCUCCGUGAAGCAGGCGUUGACACCCAAAGGUGAGUUCAAUCGCUAUCUGUUGACAUUCGUGGGGGCGCUGGUCCUGCUGGCGUUCUGGUUCGGCGGCACCUCCGUAUCCGAGGCCGAUAGCGAGCUGCUCUCGCUAGAUUUGGUCGACAUUCCACAAAUUGUGCUCGACAAGGAUGCGGAGCUGGCACGCGCCCGCAACAGGAACUGUUCCUACUGGGACUGCUUCAAUGUGUACCGCUGUGGACAAAGGGGUCUGACGGGGGCCGAAGAACAGCAGGAGCGAAUCUCGAUCUAUGUGUAUCCCCUGAAGGAGUACGUGGACGGCGACACUAGAAAACCGGCUUUCCAACUGACGAAGGAGUUCUACACAAUCCUGAAGACGAUCGUGAACAGUCCGUAUUAUACGGCGAAUCCGAAUGAGGCAUGCCUAUUUGUUCCGACGUUGGAUACGCUCAACCAGAACCGGAUCGAUGUCAACCUGGUGGGAAAGGCUCUAGCCUCGUUGCCGUACUGGGAAAGUGGCGAAAAUCAUAUUCUGUUCAACUUUAUAGCCGGAUCUGCGCCGGACUACAACACGGUUUUGGACGUCAACACUGAUCGUGCCAUGAUCCUUGGCUCCGGUUUUGACAGCUGGUCAUUCCGACCGGGAUUCGACUUGCCCAUGCCGAUGUUCAGUUCCAUAUUGGAGCACUAUAAGUUGAGCGCCUUCGGUUCCGAUCGGAAGUUCCUGUUUGUGUCAUCUCAGUUGAACAUUUUCCAACGGCAGUAUCGAAUAAUGCAGGAAUUAACUUACGACUUCCCGAAUGAUAUCCUUUUGCUGCAACGUUGCCCAACGACAACUGUCAAAGCGGAAGAGACUUUCGACGCCACUCGUCCCGCCGAGACAGACAGCAGCCCAGAAGAAAUUAUCAAGUCCAUCAAGGACGUACGAUGCAAUUUUCCACAAGGGAAUGAAUAUGAAUAUCCUGGUGUCUUGCAAAACGGCCAAUUCUGCUUGAUUGCCAGAGGUGUCCGUUUAUCGCAGCCAACACUAAUGGACGCACUUGCCGCCGGAUGCAUACCGGUAAUAAUGGCGGAUAAUCUGAUCCUUCCAUUCAGUGAUAUUCUUGAUUGGGAUCUAAUCUCGAUCCGAAUCUACGAGAACAGUCUUCACUCAAUUAUCACCACCCUCAAAGCCGUAUCCAAAGAACGUAUACAAGAGCUUCGAACCCACGGAGCUUACGUGUACGAUCGCUACUUCGCCAGCCUCGAGAAGAUCAUCCUAACCACCCUCGAUCAGCUGAACAAUCGUAUCUUUCCGCAUCUCAGCAAAACCUACAUGCACUGGAAUGUGGCGAAAACCCAACACUCCACACAGAAUCCCCUUUUCUUACCUCUCAUCGCACCAAAAUCCCAGGGCUUCACCGCCGUCAUCCUAACCUACGACCGCAUCGAAAGCCUCUUCAUCCUCAUCCAAAAGCUAGCCACGGUUCCGUCGCUUCAAAAAAUUCUAGUCAUCUGGAACAACCAGAAAAAGUCCCCGCCCCAUCCAUCGCUUCUUCCCAAAAUCGGCAAGCCCCUUAAGGUAAUCCAAACUGCCGCCAACAAACUCUCCAACCGGUUCUACCCGUACGAGGAAAUCGAAACCGAAGCCAUCCUCACUAUCGACGACGACAUCGUGAUGCUCACGGCCGACGAGUUGGACUUCGGCUACGAAGUUUGGCGCGAGUUCCCCGAUCGGAUCGUCGGUUUCCCGUCGCGUACGCAUGUGUGGGACAACGCCACAAAUCGUUGGCGGUACGAGUCCGAGUGGACCAACCAGAUCUCGAUGGUUCUCACGGGGGCCGCCUUCCACCACAAGUACUGGAGCUACAUGUACACGAACGCCAUGCCCGGCAACAUCAAGGACUGGGUCGACGAGCACAUGAACUGUGAGGACAUCGCCAUGAACUUCCUGGUGGCCAACAUCACCAACAAGCCACCGAUCAAGGUCGCGCCGAGGAAGAAAUUCAAGUGCCCGGAGUGCACCAACAACGAGAUGCUGUCGGCGGAUUUGAACCACAUGAUGGAACGGUCCGCCUGCAUCAAUAGGUUUGCGGAGAUUUACGGGACGAUGCCGCUGAAGACGGUGGAGUUCCGAGCAGAUCCGGUGCUGUUCAAAGAUAACUUCCCGGAGAAGUUAAAACGCUUUAACGAUAUCGGUAGCCUGUAAGGAGGGCAAUUUGUGGUGCAAUUAGGAGUACACGAAGCGGCAUUUAGUAGAUUGUAAGCUUUGUGCAAGCGCGCAGUUUGUUUUACGUAUCGGUAAGCUACUUUAGAAGUUCUCAUAUCAAUGCAAGCUGGUUGAAUACACACAGUAAUUAGAUGUAAUAAA